AUGCCACUCUAUGCCAAGUUCCUGAAGGAGCUGAUGACUAAGAAGAGAAGCUGGAAGAACAAUGAGACUGUGAUACUAAUCGAAGAAUGUAGUGCUAUCAUCCAGCACAAACUACCCCAGAAGUUGAAGGAUCCUGGGAGCUUUCAGAUCCCUUGUAUUAUAGGGGAAAUCACAGUAGAGAAGGCCCUUUGUGACUUAGGAGCCAGCAUCAAUUUGAUGUCAGUAGCAAUGAUGAGGAAGAUGAACAUCGAGGAGGCUAAACCAACAAAAAUGGCCUUACAACUGGCAGACCGAUCGUUCAAGUUCCCUCGUGGCAUAGUAGAGGAUUUGUUGGUGAAAGUAGGAGACUUUAUAUUCCCGGCAGAUUUUGUAGUGUUGGACAUGCAGGAGGAAGCCAAGACCUCCAUUAUUCUGGGAAGGCCAUUCUUGGCUACUGUUGGAGCUAUCAUUGAUGUCCAAAAAGGUGAUCUUACCUUGAGAUUACACAAUGAAAAGAUGACAUUCAAUGUGUUCAAGGCCAUGAGUUACCCACCAGAACAAUUGGGGGAAUGCAUGAGGUUAGAUGCACUUGAAGAAGAAGUGCAGGAGUGUUUUGAAGAAGAAGAGCAUGAAGAGCCCGAGAGAUCAAUGGAGGAGGAGUAUAUAUCAAGUGAGGAUGUUGCAACAGCAGAGAGUCAUGUUCAAGAAGCACCAAAGGAAGAGACUGAAAAGUCAGAGGAACCCAAGGUUGAUCUCAAAGCAUUGCCACCCACUCUCAAAUAUGCAUACCUAGGAGAAAAUGAAAACUACCCAGUGAUCAUAAGCUCAUGCCUCAACCAAGAUCAAGAGGAUGAACUGCUCAAGGUGCUACGGGAGCAUAAGGACGCCAUCGGAUGGACCCUUGCUGACCUGAAGGGAAUCAGUUCAGCUAUAUGCAUGCAUAAAAUGCUGUUGGAAGAUGAUGCAAAACCAUCCAUUCAAUCACAAAGAAGGCUGAACCCAAUCAUGAAGGAAGUGGUACAGAAAGAGGUUAUGAAGCUUUGGCAAGGAGGAGUAAUAUACCCGAUCUCAAACAGCCAUUGUGUCAGCCCCGUGCAUGUUGUGCCCAAGAAGGGAGGAAUCACUGUGGUUCCCAAUGAGAGGAACGAACUGAUACCUACAAGGACCGUCACAGGAUGGCGGAUGUGCAUUGACUAUCGGAAACUCAAUGAAGCAACACCAAAGGAUCAUUUCCCUCUCCCAUUCAUGGAUCAGAUGUUGGAAAGACUCGCAGGACAUGCUUAUUACUGUUUUCUUGAUGGAGGACUAGUUCUUGGCCAUAAGAUUUCUAACCAAGGAAUCGAAGUGGACAAGGCUAAAGUGGAACUUAUUGAAAAGCUUCCUCCACCCAGUGAUGUCAAGGAAAUUAGAAGCUUUUUAGGGCAUGCUGGCUUUUACAGAAGAUUUAUUAAAGAUUUUUCAAAAAUAGCUAAGCUCUUGAGUAAUCUCCUUGUAUCAGAUACACCAUUCAUCUUCGAUGAAACCUGCAUGUUGGCAUUCGAGCAUUUGAAAGAAAGAUUGUCCUCUGCCCCUAUCAUCUCCCCACCUGAUUGGAACUUACCCUUUGAAUUGAUGUGUGAUGCAUCUGACUUUGCAGUAGGGGCAGUGUUAGGGCAGAGGAAAAAUAACUUAGUCCAUGUAAUAUACUAUGCUAGCAAGGUCCUCAAUGAUGCUCAAAGAAAUUAUACCACUACUGAAAAGGAAUUGCUAGCCAUAAUUUUUGCGUUUGACAAGUUUAGAUCAUACCUCAUUGGUGCUAAAGAGUUUGAUAUUGAAAUCAGAGAUAAGAAGGGAGUGGAGAACAAGGUGGCAGAUCACCUAUCCAGGAUUCCUCAUGAGGAAGGGGGAACACAUGAUAUGAGUGUGAACGAGCUCUUCCCUGAUGAGCAGUUAAUGACAGUGCACAAAGCCCCAUGGUUUGCAGACAUUGCCAACUUCAAGGCAACUGGGGCUCUACCUCCAGGGAUCAAUAAACAUCAAAAGAGGAAGCUCAUGAAUGAUGCAAAAUACUUUGUCUGGGAUAAGCCUUAUCUCUUCAAGAAGUGUUCAGAUGGAAUCCUUAGAAGAUGUGUCUCAGAAGAGGAAGGAUGA